AUGCCUUCUUUCUCGCGUCUCGUUCGCUUCCUCGCCAAGGACGGCAAGGUAUACUAUGGCGAUGCCAUUCUACCACGCGGCGUGACGGAUAUCGCAAAGACCAAGCAGGCGCGCAUUCUGACGGGCGACAUUUUUGGCAAACAUGAAGUGACGGACCAGGUAGCCGACGUUCGGCUGCUGCUGGCGCCUCUGGCUCUCAAAGACGUCAAGACGGUCAGAUGCUUGGGAUUAAACUAUGAGCAGCAUGCUCACGAGUCGAAAAUGCCCAUUCCCAAGUAUCCUAUUCUAUUCUACAAGCCAGUCACCUCGCUCGCAGGUCCUACCGACCCGAUUCCUGUCCACAAGGUAGCUCAGGAACAGCCUGGUCUGGAUUACGAGUGUGAACUGGUGGCCAUCAUUGGCAAGCGCUGCUCGGACGUGUCCGAAUCCGAGGCUCUCAACUACGUCCUCGGCUACGCCAUUGGCAACGAUGUAUCGCACCGUGACUGGCAAAUCCAGCGCGGAGGCGGUCAGUGGUCUCUCGGCAAGGGCUUUGACGGCUGGGCUCCUUACGGCCCGGGUAUCGUGUCGAGCGACAUGAUCAAGGAUCCUCAGACCUUGAGAAUCUCUACAAAGCUCAACGGCAAGACGGUCCAGGACUCUACCACUGCCGACCAAAUUUUCAAUGUCAAGCAGACCAUUAGCUUCCUCAGUAAGGGAACUACUUUGCUUCCCGGUGACCUCAUUUUCACCGGAACGCCUUCUGGGGUUGGCAUGGGCCGUGACCCCAAGUUAUGGCUCAAGGAUGGUGACGUCGUUGAAGUUUCCCUUGAAGGUGUCGGAUCGUGUAUCAACAAGGUCGAGUUCUCCAAGGCAGAGACUGCCAAGUUGUAA